GCCCUCACUCCUCUUUUUAACAUCAUACCAUAACGUUCACUGCUGCCGAAGAUUUGAACUACCCGGCUCAAAAUUCCGAAUACUUUGAUCUGACUUGAAAGUGAUUCACAGAAUAUCCCCCCUUCCUGGUUUCCAUCAGUACGAGUCAACGACACAAGGAAGAGUUUUGAGGGGAGUGAGGGCACGAUACUAGUUUGUUUUCUGUAGUUUUUUUUCUCUCUCUCUCUCUCCUCUUCCUUAAAAUGUGGCGAAGCCGAGGUCCCGAGAAGAGAUAAGGGCGGAUUGUUGCAACAACUUGGGAUGUGUUUGACGGAGAGAAGGGAUUAACAUCUGCUCAGUGACGACAGGAACAGAAAAGGUGCAGCAGCCAUACAUUUGAAGAGCACACUCGCUGCUGAGCCACAGUGAACGCAGGAUGUCUCAGUUGAGAGAGAUGAUAUGGGCAGACUGGAUCUGGUUUCCUGAAGGCCAUGGCUGGGCUGACCUGACGGACCAUGAUGGCAAAGUCUUCCCCAAAAUGCAGGACCUCUGGGCGACUUUCCCCAUCGCUCUCUGCUUCCUGGUCAUCAGACCAAUAUUUGAAAGAAUAGUAGCGAGUCCUCUAGCAUCUUUGCUGGGAGUGAGUGACAAACCGCGUAUUUGUGCUCCUUCAAAUCCCACCCUGGAAACCUAUUACUGCAGCACAUCAAAGCAUCCCACACAGAGCUCCAUGGAGAGUUUAAGUAAACAGACGGACUGUUCAGUACGGCAGAUUCAGAGGUGGUUCAGGCGGCGGAGAAACCAGGACCGGCCCAACAAGCUAAAAAAAUUCCAGGAAGCAAGUUGGAGGUUUACUUUUUACCUUCUCGCUUUCUUUGCUGGCCUGGCAGUUCUUAUCGAUAAACCUUGGUUCUACGAUGUGAAGCAAGUAUGGGAAGACUUCCCGAAAAUGCCACUGUUGCCUUCUCAGUACUGGUACUACGUGAUCGAACUAGGCUUCUACAUCUCGCUGCUUGUCAGCGUAGCAUCAGAUAUCAAGCGUAAGGAUUUCAAAGAGCAGAUAGUUCACCAUGUAGCCACUAUCCUUCUUAUCAGUUUCUCUUGGCUGGUCAACUACAUCCGUGCAGGGACUUUGAUCAUGUUGGUGCAUGAUGCCUCUGACUAUCUAAUGGAGUCCGCCAAAAUGUUCAACUACGCAGGUUGGAGGAAAACCUGCAACUUCAUCUUCACGGCAUUUGCUGCCAUGUUCAUCGUCACCCGCCUCAUCAUCCUCCCCUUCUGGAUCAUACAUACAACAUUGGUGUACCCACUGACCCUCUACACCCUCUUCCCUGGCUUCUACUUCUUCAACGGGCUGAUGGUUGUGCUGCAGAUUCUGCACAUCUUCUGGGCAGCGCUCAUCUUGCGGAUGGUCGUCAAAUUCCUGCCAGGAAAUGACAUUGUUGAGGAUGAGCGGAGUGAUAAAGAGGAAACAGAGUCGGAAGAUGAAGAGCACGAUCCUGAGCAGAGGGGGAAAUCUAAAAAUGGCCACAUGCAGAACGGCCACACCCCUCUCAACAACAACCACAGGAAGAGGCACUGAUCUAUCAGUGGGAAGUGGAGAUGAUAACAUGUGGCCCUUACCUGAAAGCCAAAGAAUGACCAUGUUUGAUUGGGCAGCACGCACGCACACACACACACACACACAGUCACAUCUAGUCAUCCAUCCAUCCCCUCCUUUCUGACAUCCUGGUAGUCUAAUCUGGAUAAUUUCAUCACUGGAGAACCACAAUGAUUGGUACUUAAGCAGCAGAGUGGUUUUCUUGUUACAUCCGCCUUCCCCUCCUCUUCAGUGUAAUUUGCGUUUUUUGCCAAGAAUUUGUGCUGUUGACCAAGUUGCAGAAUCUGCCUUCUCGUAGCUUCAUAACAUGUUACUGGAAGUGUUUUUAAACACACUGUGCUUAUGGGGCAGUCGUUCCCCGCCUGCACAGUUUGUUCACACACUUCCAAGUAUUGCUGCUUUUGAACUUGACUGUUUUCUGCUCUAAAUGAUGACGCUGAGGUGGGUGACUUUGUGAGAGCAGCGUUAGGAGAAUGAGGCCAUGCCUUUGUGUGGACCAUAAUCUGGUUGCAGAUUGUGGCUUCAUACUUAAUCUUUGCAAGAUGCACUUGCCAUUUUGUCACUUUGGUUGAAAUGUUCUUGUUUCAGUGAUGUUUAAAGUAAAAAAUAAUUGGGAGAUAAAUAAUAUUUUUUAACAUUUUGAAAGAGUACGAGGAGGUGCUCCACCUGCGAUGUGUGUGAUAUAAUGUGCCUUAAGUUUGUCUAAAAUGCUUGGCCUUACGGGCAGCAGAAUGCACAGGAAUCAUUUUAAAUGUUUUUUGUUUAUGCUCAAUGACUUUUUAGUUUUUGACUUUUAUGUUGCUUUGUAUUUUAUUUGUUUUUGCGGUCCAGUCAACGGUUUCAAUUUGGGAGCAAUUUGUUUAAGUGUAACCCAAACCAAUCACAAAGUGUUCAUGAAUUCUUUAUGUGCUGGAAGAGUCAAUAGCAUUUCCAUUCAGUGUUGUUUUUCCCAUCCAUCCAAAGAUGCACUUUAUGGUUUCUUCUACAGAUCAGCUUUGACGAUAUGUUUGGUAAAGAAGGCGGUAAAUGUUUGAUUCAAAUUGACUCAUUUUUUAGUUUCAGAGCAUUUGGGAGUUUGAUAUCAAAUUUUACUUUGAUAUUUAUUCAUAUUAUUUAGCCUCUUUUUUGUGUUUGUUUAAAAAAAGAAGCUGUUUAGUGAAAUCUAAAAAAAUAAUGCACCAAAGUAUGGUUUACUUUUGUAUGACCUUGUCAUUUUGAAGUGCCUUCUUCAUUUCAAGUGUCAUUUGUAAAGAGAAAAAAAACCACACAUUUUCUGUGCCUUUUGUCUUUAUUUCUGUAAUCGUUGUGCCUCAACACAUUCGACAGCCCUGCGCAGUAACACUCAUGGCCUCUAACUUUUCUCUAAACCUGGUCUCAUGACGACUGGUCGGCUGCAGCAAGCUCUCAAUGGCUUUGCUACUACAGAACGUGGUUUUUAUUCUGCAUUAUGUGUGGCUGAGAUGUAAAAUAAUAAUGAUGAUGAUGAUAAAGAUAAUAGUGUAUAACUAUG